CGUUUGAAAUAUGUGUUACAAAAUUAGGGAUUUGAUUAGGACUGUUGUUUUUUGAUAAGUUUCUAAAAAACUUGAAUUUCUCAGUAGUUGUUUGUUUGUACUGUUCUCCUUGAACCGAGCUUCGGAGGUAGAAAGAAGAACAAAUGUCCUGUUUAUUGCCACACUUCAACUGUCCUCCUCCUCCUAUCAUCCAUACCCACCGCCAUCAUCUCAUUCUUCUAUCAGCAGCAGCAGCAGCAGCAUCGGCAUCAGCCACCAAAACAAGAAGACACUUCCGCCCACAGUGUAUUUUGUCUCCUUCAACGCCAAAAGUAGCUUGGCCCUGUGUCGCCGCCGCUCAGCAGCGAAAUUCUCUGCCGCUGCCUCUGCUGCAUCAUUCCUGGUCAUUGGAUUAUUUUUCUUUUCCACACCGUCUUUGUUUGUUCUUGCUUCCCAGACAUGUGCAUCUUUUAUCACUUCAUCAAAUCAAUAUGGAAGUACUUGCUGAUCCUGAACCUCAAACAGAUGAUGAACUUGAUGAUCCUAAACCUGACACAUCUGAUGAACAGCUCAUUAAGCUGCUCAUGAAAAUGGACCUGGAAAAGGUAAUGGACAGUCUCAAUCCAAGACAGAAACAGGUGAUUAGAUGGAGAUUUGGUAUGGAUGAUGGCAGGAUGAAGACCCUGCAAGAGAUAGGGGAAGUGAUGGGUGUUCAUAGGUAUAAUGUUAGAGAAAUUGAGGCACGUGCUUUUAAGAAGCUUAAGAGUGAGAUGAGAAUCGAGCAUUUGCAGCACAGUGUGUGGUUGCAUAACUUAGCUGUCAAACUCAGAAUCUUUAAGGACCUGAUAAAGCUCGAAAAACCUCAAGAGGAUCUUAUGGAGGGGCUUAGUGAUGUACUUUUGACUCCAAAAGCUCUUGAAUCUCUAGAAACGGAAAUUGGGAUCAACCAGAGUCUUGAACCUUUGGAAGUACUUGCUGAUCCUGAACCUCAAACAGAUGAUGAACUUGAUGAUCCUAAACCUGACACAUCUGAUGAACAGCUCAUUAAGCUGCUCAUGAAAAUGGACCUGGAAAAGGUAAUGGACAGUCUCAAUCCAAGACAGAAACAGGUGAUUAGAUGGAGAUUUGGUAUGGAUGAUGGCAGGAUGAAGUCCCUGCAAGAGAUAGGGAAAAUGAUGGGUGUGAGUAGGGAGAGAAUUAGACAAAUUGAGGUAUGUGCUUUUAAGAAGCUUAAGAGUGAGAUGAUGAGAGACGAGCAUUUGCAGCUGCAGCACAGUAUGUGGUCGCAUAACUUAGCUGUCAAACUCAGAAUCUGUUGUAAUGGUCGGCUUUUUUAUUGGGGAUUUUUCCCUUAAAUAAUAAUAAUAAUACUGAUACCUACAAUAUGAUAUGUAGUCUUAAAUCUUGCUAAAAUUGCUAAUCUACAGCUAGACUAAUUAAACAGGAGAAUAAUUACAUAAUUACAGCACAAUUAAUGAUUCA